AAAUAGUCAUCUGUGGGCCGAAUCGUUUGGUUUUGGUAAUGAAUGGAUCUUGGAAGUCACUAGUCAGUAAACUUAAAAACAUAAAAAUUACAAAAUAGAAUCAUUAUUGAUAUUGAGUCGUUUUUUUAAUAAACAGAGUACCUACUUUGUAAGCUUUUUGUAAUUAAUAUUGUUAUUAAUCUGUGACUAUAUCGGGAUUAAUCGAAAAAUUCGAAAACAAAAAGUUUUUCUGGUCGGUGCAAAAAACAGAAAACUAGAAAACUUUUUACCUACUGUUGAAAGAAGUUGGAACGUGGUUGGAAGUUGUAACUUUCAGAGCCAGUUUUCUAAAAGAAGAAUGUUAUAAAACUAAACUGGAACCUUGAAUUAAUGUUGAAUCCAACCAAUAUACCUCUACAGCAGAAAGAAUGGCGGAACAUGACGACUCUGAAUAUAAUAUGCCGAACUGUGCUACCGAAGUUCUGAUACACAUCUUCUCAUUUUUAAAACCGACACAAUUAUUUAAAUGCCGCCAAGUUUGCUCCAGAUGGAAGCGUAUAGUGGACGAUUUGGUUACAAAACAGCAUUUCUGGCGGAUAAGUUGCCAGCGUGAUUUUCCAGAUAUCUAUAUAUCUGCUUAUCGCAAAAGAAAAUCGGGGCUUACUUGGCGCAAUUUAUACAGAUCCCUGUCCCUCUGGUCACAGUUGCACAACUGUACAGUAACCCAAGAUGAAUUUGUCUCUGCAUCUUGUAGUACACAUGAAAUCUGUGAUUUCCAUCUAUUGAAAGAUGGCGAAAUUGGUAUCCACAACGAAAAAGCAAUAAUCUACUAUGACGUCAACACUUUAAAGCAAACCAACCGACCUGUCUUAUCAGGACAUUAUUACCGUUACUUUGAAAAUAAUGACGUCAUACUAGUAUUGGGUACUACGUCACAUCUUUAUGUCAUACGUAAAGUUUUGAGAACCCCGCUCCAGGCAGACACAAUAUUUCCAUCAGUUAAAACCUUUUUAGUAAACGAAAAUGUGGUUUAUUUUGCCACUCGGGAGAACAAGAUUCAUAUCUGCGAUUUACUGCAAGAUGAAAUAAAAAGUUGUGUGUUAGGUCAAAUACCAGAUCACGUUGAGUGCUUCGGAUAUAAGAACGAUUUACACAUAUUGACAUACGAACGAAAUAUAUAUACUAUCAUUGGCACAGAAAUAAUAUUUCAACGUAAUAUAGAUGAUGCACCGAAUCUGUUGCAUAUGUUGAAUCAGUACAACUUCUUAGAAAAUUUAGAUUUUGGGAUGUAUUAUCAUUGGAUGUUUAUACUGGAACACCAUAUACCGAGGGAUUCCUUACGUAAAAUAUUUGUUGUUAAAGUGUACGGAGACAUGGUGUUUGUUGGUUCAAACAGUGGUGAUCUUAAGAUAUAUCAUUCACCAUACUUGAAUAACGAAUUGGAUUUGUUUAAUACCGAACCAGUUAAACAAUACAAUUUGGGUAGCUAUAAUAAUGAUCGCCCUGGGUUAUCCUCGCGUCCAAUUAUUAAAAUAGAUGUAAUUGAAGGGGAAGACAGUCAUACUGUUAUAGUUGGUAUGCCCCAUAAGAUUGUUGUGUUGAAUUUCAAUCAUUACUUUGAAAGUAAUUUUAAUAAGUGCCUACAAAGUAUUGAGUAUUGAGCUACUUAUAAAUACAAUAAAGAAAUUGACAUAGA